AUGCAGCUUUGUGUGAAUGGACUCCUGAUGAGCUGGGGUGGGAUUCUGCUUGUCCUGGAAGCAGAGUUCUUCACCUCCAUAGGUCAAAUGACAGACCUGAUUUAUGCGGAGAAGGACUUGGUACAGUCUUUAAAGGAAUAUAUCAGAGCAGAAGAGAGCAAACUCUCUCAGAUUAAAAGCUGGGCUGAAAAACUGGAUGUACUGACCAGCAAGUCAACCUCAGAUCCAGAAGGGUACCUGGCACAUCCUGUAAACGCGUAUAAGCUGGUGAAGCGUUUAAAUACUGACUGGCUGGAAUUGGAAAACCUGGUUCUUCAGGAUACAACAAAUGGCUUUAUUGCAAAUCUUACAAUUCAGCGUCAGUUCUUCCCAACGGAAGAGGACGAGACUGGAGCUGCAAAGGCCCUGAUGCGCCUGCAGGACACAUACAAACUGGAUCCUGAAACACUCUCUCGAGGCAACUUACCAGGAACAAAGUAUAGGUCCUAUUUGACAGUAGGUGACUGCUUUGGUAUGGGGAAGACUGCUUACAAUGAUGGAGACUACUAUCACACAGUACUCUGGAUGGAACAAGCCUUAAAACAACAUGAUGAAGGGGAGGAUACGACAGUCAGCAAAGUGGAGAUCCUAGAUUAUCUCAGCUAUGCUGUUUUCCAGUUUGGGGAUUUGCACAGAGCCAUGGAGCUUACCAGGCGGCUGAUAUCCCUUGACAGUACUCAUGAGAGGGCAGGCAGUAAUCUGCGGUACUUUGAGAAGUUGCUGGAAAAGGAGAGAGAGGAGGAGGAGAAAGAGAAGUCAAACAAGACCAUGACAACAACAGAACCAGUGGUGCAAAGUGGUGCUUACGAGAGGCCUCUUGACUACUUGCCAGAGCGUGAUAUCUAUGAGGCCCUUUGUAGAGGUGAAGGGGUAAAAAUGACACCUCGAAGACAGAAAAGGCUGUUUUGUAGGUAUCAUGAUGGGAACAGAAACCCUCAUCUGCUUAUAGCUCCCUUUAAGGAAGAAGAUGAAUGGGAUAGCCCUCACAUUGUGCGGUACUAUGAUGUCAUGUCUGAUGAGGAGAUUGAGAAAAUUAAACAACUAGCUAAGCCAAGGCUGGCACGAGCCACAGUACGUGAUCCCAAAACCGGUGUCCUUACAGUGGCUAGCUACAGGGUAUCGAAAAGCUCAUGGCUGGAGGAAGAUGAUGAUCCUGUUGUGGCCAAGGUGAAUCAACGAAUGCAGCAGAUCACAGGGUUAACAGUGAAGACAGCUGAACUCUUGCAGGUUGCCAACUAUGGAAUGGGAGGGCAGUAUGAGCCACACUUUGAUUUUUCUAGGAAAGAUGAGCCAGAUGCUUUCAAGCGGUUAGGGACUGGAAAUCGUGUGGCCACUUUUUUAAACUAUAUGAGUGAUGUAGAAGCUGGAGGAGCUACAGUGUUCCCAGAUUUUGGGGCAGCAAUAUGGCCCAAGAAGGGAACAGCAGUGUUUUGGUACAACCUUUUCAGAAGUGGUGAGGGUGACUAUAGAACAAGGCACGCAGCUUGUCCGGUACUAGUAGGGUGUAAAUGGGUGUCAAACAAAUGGUUUCAUGAAAGAGGAAACGAAUUCUUGAGACCUUGUGGGAGAACAGAGGUUGACUGAAACCCAACCUGCUGCAGGCCUUUGUCUCCUUUUCUACUGUUGUCUGUUGCAGUUCAUUUCUAAGAAAUGAUCCAUCUUUUUGUCCAAGAGUCCUGGCACUUUACCAAAAAAAGAACAACAAAAUAUGUAACACCAGUGAAAGGAAGUAAAUGGCAUUGUUCACACACUUGUGUCUUGGUCGCUGUUAUUUCCAUGUCCCC